GCGGGAGGACGUGCCCGUGGGGUCGCGGCUGCUCACCGUGAACGCCACGGAUGCGGACGAGGGCAGCAAUGCAGAGCUGAGCUACUCGUUGCGCAGGACGCCCGGCGGAGCGUCGCGCGUCUUCCAGGUGGACGCCCGCACCGGGGACGUGUCGGCGGCGGGGCAGCUGGACUACGAGGAAGCGGCUUUGUACGAGCUGGAGGUGCAGGCGAAGGACGGCGGGGACCUCUCGGCCAGGGCGAAAGUCCUGGUGAGCGUCAUCGACGUCAACGACAACACGCCUGAAAUCAUGGUGACGUCCGUCGUGAGCUCGGUGCCCGAGGACAGCCCCCCGGGAACUGUUAUCGCUUUGCUAAAAGUGAAGGACGAAGAUUCAGAGGCCAAUGGGGAGGUGCGGCUGUCGCUCCCAGGCACGCUGCCGUUCCGGCUGGAGAAGUCCUUUGAGGACUACUACAGCGUGGUGACGGCGCGGGAGCUGGACCGGGAGGAGGUGUCGGAGUACAACGUGACGGUGCGGGCGACGGACGGCGGGUCGCCGGCGCUGUGGAGCAGCGCGGUGCUGCCGCUGCGGGUGCUGGACGUGAACGACAACGCGCCG